CAACAACAAUUUUUUUACCGUACAAUAAUUAAAGUGUUACUGUUACAAGAUGCUCGACCAGUCCUACAUUCCUUGUCGUCUAACAAAAUACGGAGUAAAAGGAAUAAAAACGUGAGAAAACAUUAGAUUUUUUUCCCAACCCCUCUGUCACAAACUCCCCUAAUAAAAAAAACACAAACAGCAACAACAAAUUAUUCAUCACUUUUACAACUUUUUUUUCCUCCGCCACCUCUCAAUUUCCCCUCAAACAUAAUAAUGUCCCUCUCAUUCCUCCCCUCCUCCGGCGGCGCCGCCGCCACCUUCGACUCUCUCUCCUCCCUCAACCGCCCCACCAUCCACCCAACCUCAUCUCUCCUCCACCUCCCCAAACUCUACCGCCGCCAUUCCCUCGCCGUCAAAGCCACCGUCUUCUCCCCGGAAGAAACAAUCACUAACACCCCUCCGCCGUCGUCUCCGUUCUCGUCCGUUCCUCUUAAACUCGUAUCGACCGAGUCUUUGAAGUACGCAAGCGGUUACCUCGGCGCUGUUCCGGAGUUUCAAUCAUCGGAGAAUAAUGACUCCGCUGUUGCUAUGGAGUGUUUGACUAAUAUAUUGUCGUCUAAGGUUUAUGAUAUCGCCGUUCAAUCGCCAUUGCAGCUUGCUGAAAAGCUGUCUGAGAGGUUAGGGAAUAAUGUUUGGCUUAAGAGGGAGGAUUUACAGCCGGUCUUCUCAUUCAAGCUAAGGGGUGCUUACAAUAUGAUGGUAAAGCUUCCAAAAGAGCAAUUGGAAAGAGGAGUUAUAUGCUCAUCGGCUGGAAAUCAUGCCCAGGGGGUGGCUUUGUCUGCUAAGAAAUUGGAUUGUAAUGCUGUAAUUGUUAUGCCUGUGACUACACCAGAAAUCAAGUGGAAAUCUGUAAAGAGGCUGGGUGCCACAGUUGUUCUUGUGGGUGAUUCAUAUGACGAGGCACAAGCAUAUGCUAAAAAUAGGGCGGAAGAGGAGGGGCGGACAUUUAUCCCCCCAUUUGACCAUCCAGAUAUCAUAAUGGGACAAGGGACAGUAGGCAUGGAGAUUGUGAACCAGUCAAAAGGCCGUCCUCUACAUGCGAUCUUUGUUCCUGUAGGUGGUGGUGGACUCAUAGCUGGUAUUGCUGCUUAUGUAAAGAGAAUUCAACCAGAGGUCAAAAUUAUAGGGGUGGAACCAGCUGAUGCCAAUGCAAUGGCUCUUUCAUUACAUCAUGGACAAAGAAUUAUGCUAGAUAAAGUUGGAGGGUUCGCGGAUGGUGUUGCUGUUAAAGUUGUUGGGGAAGAACCUUUUCGCAUAUGCAAGGAAUUGAUUGAUGGUGUAGUUCUUGUUAAUCGUGAUGCCAUUUGUGCCUCUAUAAAGAACAUGUUCGAGGAGAAAAGGAGUAUACUGGAACCAGCAGGUGCUCUUGCUCUCGCUGGUGCAGAAGCCUAUUGCAAAUAUUAUGGCAUAAAGAAUGAAAAUGUUGUUGCAAUCACCAGUGGGGCUAAUAUGAACUUUGAUAGAUUGAGAUUAGUCACUGAACUUGCAGACGUUGGUCGGCAGCGGGAAGCAGUACUUGCAACCUUUAUGCCUGAAGAACCUGGUAGCUUCAAAAUAUUUGCUGAGAUGGUGGGGCCAAUGAAUAUUACAGAAUUUAAAUACAGAUAUAACUCUGCAAAGCAAGAAGCUUUAGUUCUCUACAGUGUUGGUCAUCAUACUGUUUCUGAACUUGAAGCAAUGAAGGAGCGAAUGGAAUCUUCUAAGCUUCGAACUAUCAACUUAACGGAUAAUGAUUUGGUUAAAGAUCAUUUACGGCAUCUGAUGGGAGGCCGGUCAGAUGUCCAAAAUGAACUACUUUGUAGAUUUAUUUUCCCAGAAAGACCAGGAGCUUUGAUGAAAUUUCUGGAUGCAUUCAGCCCACGAUGGAAUAUUAGUUUAUUUCAUUACCGUGCACAGGGUGAAGCUGGUGCAAAUGUGUUGGUUGGAAUCCAAGUUCCUUCAUCCGAGAUGGACCAGUUUCAGCAGUGUGCUGAUAACCUUGCUUUUAUGUACGCUAUAGAGAAUGGAAAUGAAGUUUACGAGGUAUUGAUGCACUGACUUGUAGGCGGCGUAGGAUAAAACAAGAGCUUUUUGAAAUCUUCAGAGAAGUGAUGGUGCAAGUACCAAAUGUGAUUCAAACAUCUUCAAUUGAGAAGCGAAGGGUAAUUUAUCUUGUAGCACAAUCAUUUGAUGAUUCGUUGGUGCACCAUCCAUUCCCUUUUGUUGCCUUACCUAUAUAAAAAUCUCUUUGUAUGCUACAAAUUUGUGUAAAAGGAGUUCUCUCGAACUCUAUUAUGUAGUAUAGUGUUACAAAUUCUCGAUUACUAAAUGAUUUAGUGAAUGUUUGUAAUAGUGUUCCAGUUAAGUAUUUUUAUUUUUCCUUUAGUAACUUGGGUAUGCAAAUUUUUCUUUUUAUUUAAA